AUGAGACAAGAGGUGCAAGAAGAGGCUGCACUAAAACGACAGCGGAAAGAAGAGGAGUUGAUUCGACUGGAAAUGAUACGUGUGCGCAAAGAACUUGAAGCCGAGAAAAAUCGUGCGAGUCGUGAAAGAUGUCGUCAGUGGCUGACAAAUGAGAACGAAGUUGCGCAGUACGCAGAGAGUACAAUUCCAUCUACAAGGAUUUCCAACCGGAACAUCAACGCAUCGCCAGAUUUCGACCGAAGUUCAUCCAAUUCUCGUAGUUCCGAUGACGACAAGUCCUGUUCUCACCCGUCAUCGAGGAAUCCCGUACCUGACACAAAUGAAAACGUUUUGCCGAGAUUACAGUUUUCCACGGAAACACGCACGUUUCUGCACAAAUGUUUGACCGCCUGGAACCGUCUAGUGCAACAGUCAUACGUUCGCUCGAAAGCCGCAACGGUGAGGUACGAACUACGGCUACAGCGCUCGGUGCUACGCGCGUGGAAAUCAAUGGUCAUCCGGGUUCGUCUUAGCAAAGAGAUAGAACUGGCAGAGAUUGAAGCCAAGCAACUAGAGCGUCUGGAAGCACAGGCCAGUGAUUUUCGUGAGCAACACCUCAAGCGAAUCUGCUUUUUCAAAUGGCAAGAAUCGAUAAAGUUGCAUAAAAUGAGACAAGAACACACCGAACGUGAUCAGCAUCGUCGUGCCAGAGAACGAGAAUUCCUGGAACAAUUGCGUUCCAGACCACCAAAGGAGGAUUUAAUGCUUUUGAAAAAAGUGGAAGAUAAUACAAAUACGCAAUUGGUUCUGCGUAAAGAGUGCACAGUUCAAAUUAAGCUAUUGAUCAGCUGCAUCAGAAAAGCCAAUUUAGCUAUGGGAUUAUGCGAUGAACGUAUGGAUGAGUCAAGAAUGGAACAGCAAGCAGUAGAAAGAGCUCGACUGAAAGCCGAACGAGAGGAGCGCAGAAGACUGGCCGAAGCAAAACGAAAAGAAGAAGAAGCUCGACAGUUGGAGGAGGAAGCAAAACGUAUCAAGGAAGAAAGACAUGCCAUAUUGGAGGCCCAAAGAGCAAAAAAACGCGAAGAGGAGGAAGCAUGUGAACUAACUCGGCAAACGGAGGAAAGAGCUUAUGCAUGGUACGAACAACAACUGAUGCGUCGUAUCUUAUCUUACUGGUCGAAUCAUGUGACUGAGAUUAGACUAUGGGAGUGGCAACUGGAAGAUGUAGCAGAGACGCACUGGCUAUGUUCAUUGAAACAACGCUGCAUCACCGCGUGGCGUCAUUAUCCGCAAUUAAUGCACGAGGAACGGGAGAGAGAGCGAAGACUGGAACGCCUCAGAUCCAAAUUGCGUGAUGUUGUACCGGACUUUAGUCCCCCCAAAUCCGAAAACAGUCCCUUAUGA